CGAGAUUUCUUCAUGGUACGACCAUCAGGCGUCACAAUUCAUAACACUCACCGGUCACCAGACUUUAGUGUAUAAAGGAAAACUAAUUGAUAUCAACAGACAGAAAAGUUUGUAAACAUCAGUUACACUCAGGUUUUUCAAAGAUGGGUCUACUUCUUAGAGGGACAGUACUCUUUCUGAUUGGCAAUUUCUUUGCGGUCUUCAUGAACCUCCUUCAGAUUAAUCGACAGGGUGAUGUGUCUGUGAAAUUACCCCCAGAGCUGCUGGAGAACCUCUUCCUAAAAGAAUGGUGGGUUCCACCUAUGUGCGGAGCUGCUGCAGCAAUGAUAGGCCUUCUGUACCCUUGUCUGGACCGACACCUACAGAUCAGCAACUCAGAGUCAAGGAAGGGGGAGUGGUCCAAAGUAAUGAGGUGUAUAGCUGUGUUUGUGGGCAUCAACCAUGCCAGUGCUAAACUGGACUUUGUGAAUAACAUGCAGCUGUCUAUGACAUUAGCAGCUAUGUCUAUUGGUCUAUGGUGGCUGUUUGACCGGUCUCCAUGUGGAUUUGGCCUGGGGGUAGGGAUUGCCGUCCUUGCAACACUAGUCACACAACUUUUAGUCUACAAUGGUGUAUACAAUUAUUCCAAAGCUGAGUUCCUAUUUGUUAGAUCAUGGCUUCCUUGCAUCUUUUUUUCUGGUGGAGUGACCAUGGGAAAUAUAGGGAGGCAGCUGGCUCUGUAUGAUGAAAUCCCAGCAAAGACCAAAACUGACUGAAGGACUAGACUGAUAUUUUUACUGUUAUGAUUAUGGUUUACUCAAAGAAAUGGGCUUACCUCAUCAAGAAUUAUUUUGGGUUUGUGAUGAACUGUGAUAUGACCUAUUAAGAGUAUUAAACAAAAAAAAGGGGGAGUUUACUCCUUACACAAAAUGCUUCACAUAGGUCUCUUGCAAGCCAGGAAGACAUAAAAAGAGAUGAAGCCCCUGCUGCUUCCAAGAAUUGGGUUAUUCCCUUGUGACCUGAGAGUUGAUCUGUGGCCAGUGCUGAACUUAAACUGUGUGGUGUUCACAGUCAACAACUGAAAUAUUGUGUGCUGAAAAUAUACCAGAUGUAGGAUUGUCAACACUGUAUUUACAAGUAGAAUCAUCUUCUUGCAAGGGUACAUAGAGUUAUUGUAGUGAUUGUUGUUCAAAUGCAGAUCAUAAUUGGCAGGAUGUAGUCCUUUGAAAAUACUGAUACAAUAGCAAUAUUAAGUCUGACUUUAUUGAUUGAUACUCGUGAUCUUUAUUCAUCUAUGGUACAUUUAUGUGUUGAAUGUGUUUGUAUAUGCCAUAGCUUUCUGAAACUAAGAAAGUACUAGAUAUGUUUAAGAAUAUUUUCUAAAACAAGGACUCAUGUCACAUCAAGGGUUCAUAUGUUUUGAGAUGUGUGAGGUGACAAACAUUUCCUAUGUACAUCUAGUUUGUUCAAAUUGAUGAUUUGGUGAGUUUAAAAGAAGAAGAAUGACAUUUUAAAUGAGGAAAGAAGAAAAAAGAUUUUCUGUUUCUCAGUUAUGUGUGUGUGUCAUAUUUCAGAGACCAUUGUAUGUGUUAUUUGGUGAAUGAUUUGAGGAGAGAUGUGAUGUACAUGUAUGUGAAAUGAUCUUGUUUUGAAUGAUUUCAUCAACAUGAAGUUUGAAAGUUAUAUAAAUCAUCAUGUAUAAUUGAUUUUUUUUUGCUCAGUUAAAUGAAGUAUUACUAUACUUCUUUAUUGUAUACAAAUGUUGUGGAACGAUCUGAAGUCAUCAUUUAUUUUCCUGUUUUUUGUUGAUUCAAAAGUUAAGUGAUCACAUCAAAAUGUGUAGAGCUCUUUAAUGUUAUAGAUACGGGUUUUAUUUAAGCCUACAUUAAAAUGGCAAUAACUUUGA